AUGGCUUCACGGGACAUCUGGAGCGGCAUCGUCGGCGGCCCUGAGCUCAACCUUGACGAGUGCAAGGACGGCCGCCCCGCCUCCAGACCGCCCCGCGCCCAUGCCGUUGCCGCCGUGCGCAUCUGGAGGCGCGUGCUUCAGCACGCCAAGGAAGUCGCCAGCCUCACUGUCGAGUGGCCUGGGCCAACAUCUUUGGAAGUACAGGGCAGCCGCGGGCAGCUCGAUGGUAGCCUGUGCCCCGCUAUGGACACAGCCAGCAACAUCGCGCGCAAGACUGCCAACGUCGCCCAGCUCUUCAUCGUCGAGUUUGGAAGGCGGCUAAGGCGCGACCUGCCAGCCAGCGCGGUUUGUGCCAUGGCGCGCUCCUCGCGGGGUGGCGGCAGCGGCAGCAGGCGCAGCAAAACGUAUUGGAUGUGGAGCUGCGGUGGGUCGAACUGGGACUGGCGCGCCACGUGCUUUGGCUGUGGGUACACAGCUCCGCCAUGGGCGCUGGAGGCAGCAGCCAAGGCCAAGCCCCAGGCUGACAAGGACGGCUGGGUGGACCAGCCGCGCGGGCGCUGGGCAACGAGUGCGGCAACUUCCCAGUCGCAGACCUCGGCGUCGGGCGCCAGUGGGACGCCCAGCGGCAGCGGCGCCACGGCGAUCGAGAGGCUGCAAGUGGCGGCCGAGCAGCUGGAGGCGCUGCAGGCACGGCCGCCCGACGGAGUCGAUUGCUGCUUCGCCGACGUCGUCGCCAGCCAGUUGGAGGCCAAGCGCGCAGAGCUGGCUGAGGCCCAGCGCGCGGCAGCGGAGCAGAAGGCGUCCUCCAUGCCGCUGUCGGCGAUGCUCCACAAGGAGGCGAACGUCAUCGGCAAGGCCCAGCUGCAGAAGGCCCAGGAGGAGCCGGCGCAGCUUGACGCGGAGGUGGAGGAGGCCAGCCGUGCGCUCCACGUCCUCGAAGAUGAGGCCCGAGUGGAGUCCGCUGCGCAGCUGCGCCAGCGCGCAGCCGAGUGGGCAGGGGCCAGCCAGGUCCCAGGGCCCCUCAUGCAGCUGGGCAAGCUGCCCGAGGCGUGGGGCUCCAGCAACUACGAGGUGGCGUGGGCGGCCAUUCGCUCCCAGGUGGAGGCUGUGCGUGCGCAGCUCGCCGAAGCCCCUGCCGCCCCCAAGAGAGAGCCCUGGGCAGAGUCGCGCCCCGUGGACGAGAUCAGCAGCGAGGGCGGCGACCGCGCAGGAGGCUGCAGGCCUUGGCAGCCGCAGUGCGCCGCGGAGCGUGGCCAGGCCGAACGUCGCGGCGACGCCCGCGGCGAGUGGCCGAAGGUCGCCCAGGCGCGCAAGCGGGAGCUGGCAGCCGAGGCUGAGGUCUCCCCAGCGCCAGGCCAAGUUGUGACGGCGGCUCAGGAUGUUCGCUGCGGGCUGGAGGAGCUCGGGUUCAACGGCAACGGCUGGGGGAGGAUCCUGGAGGUGAUCGCGGCCUUGGACUCUCGCAACAGGGCCCCGCCGCACCCUGUGAUGCCCCAGGAAGCCUGCCUGGCUCCGCACCGCCUGGAGGUAGCCAGGGAAGCCUGCCUGGCUCCACGCGUCUGCGCCCACGGACAAGGAGGGCCCGCUGGCGAGCUCAGCUUGCGCAGCGGCCUCGAGGUUUUGAUCGGUAGGAGUCGCAGCGUCCACUACGUCAGGGCCGCAGCUGCAGGCUCCAACCUCGACAUCCUCGCCACCUUCGGCGACACGGUGCUCCUUCAGCAGCCGCGGUUCAUCGCAGUCGUGGGCCUGGCCGCCGAGUCUCUCAGUGCCAACGUGUCAGUUAUGGCGGGGCGUGCGUGCGCCGCCACUGUGGCCGAGCUGCCUGCGCUGGCAGCCCUCCGCGCCGCCCCAGCGGGCGCCUGGCCACCAGGUGUCGCUCGCAGCGUCGUCGGCGACUUCGCGCUGCAGGCCGUGGGCGCGGAGCAGCUGGUGGCCGCGCAGCUCGGCAGCGCUGGGCUGGAAGCGGCUCGCCGCCUCCGUGUCCAGCGCCUUCCCAGCGGCGCGGCCGAGACGGCCUUCCUCGCUUCGAGCCCCAGCCCUGGGCGCCAGCUCGGAGUGCACUGGGGGCCGCAAGGCUGGACCUUCCGCAAGGCCUCGCAGUCCCGGAAACUCGCCACGGUCGCCGCCAGCGCGAGGGGAGGAGUGCAUGAGGGCCGAGUCCGAGCUGCAGGAGCACCUCGCCGAGCGCGCAGGCUGGGUCCGAUCCGCAAGGCUUGGCCCGCGACCAGCAUGGCGUGCGCUCGCGCGGGCACGGGCAACGCGGACGGCAAUGUACACUGUUGGAGGCUUGCAGCCUGCCGCAGCGCUAGAGCGCCCCCCAUGGGCGCGGAGCGAGAGCUGCGCGCGCGCAGGGCCGAGCUCAGGAGGAGGAGUGGCCUGGACCCUGCCGCCCUUGCGGCAGGCCACGCAGUCCAGAUGCUGGGGGGCCAGCUGGAGACUGGCGAGCUGCCGCACGGGAUGCAGGAGUGGGGGCUGGAGGCGGCGGCAACCAGGCACGCUAGUGCCGGCACGCCUUGGGAGCACUGCGCCUCCUCCUUCGAGGCGGCGGUGCCGACCCGUGCGCGGAUCGGCUGGAUCUUUCAGUCCGAGCGGUGCAUGGUCACGAGCCUUGGUGAUGUGCUCGACCUCAUACACCUUGGUGCUUGGAGUGCAUCCGUUCGUCGCGAGACGCCGCAGCUCAGCCACGACACCCGCCUGCAGCGGCCUAUGCACUGGGGCGCCAUUGGACGCCAGCUCGGGCCAGACUGCGGGCCCAGAGUGUGGGGGCAGAACGGCCUCGAGGCCUUCAUCUCCAUCGCGCACUGGAAGCAGGCCAGUGUGCAGUGCGAGUUCGCAGGCGACGAAUUCGGCCGCUGCUGGCUGCCCGCACCAGAGCCACCGCAACGUCGCCACACCGACGUCAUGUGGGCGCAGUGGGCUUGCAAGCCAGCUGAGGAGAAGCUCAACGGCAAGCUGUGCCUCGAUGGCUCGGCGCUCGAGCCGCAGUUCUGCGCCGUGCGCUGGGAGAGCUGGGCCAUGGCGCAGCGCGACGACUACGGCAAUCUGGGGACAAGGGUCUACGGCACCGUCCGGCGCAGCGGCCCGCAGCAGACGGCCAAGGGCGGCGAGGACUUUGCUACCUGGAGGCUCGCCACCUUUGCGGGGCCUGCAGCGCAGGCAGUGCUCGACGGGCGCCUGGCGGAGGCCCAGAGGCGCGGCACCGAGCGCGCCGACCGCCUCGCCGAGAUGGGCGCCCAGAUGCACGCAGUGGACAGCAGGCAGGCGGCUGGCGAGCGCCAUGCGCGGACGGAGGUCGCGCGGGAGCUCGGGCGCGGGAUCUGGAGGGCUGCCAUCUUGGGGCAUGGCGUCGAGGCCAGGGACCGCGAAGAGCUCCCUCCUGCUGCUGAGCGGCACCAGGUGCAUGCCGCUGACGCCGAGGAGCCCCAGGCAGCGGGGGAGGCCACGGGCGAGGAGCCGAUGGCCAGGCGGCCACGCUUGGAGAGUGCCCGCUCUACAGGCAGCAGCUCGGCUGCCCUCUCGGCCAGCGCAGUCGCCUUCAGCAUCCUGGGACAUGCCCUGUCCUACGCCUGCGCUGGGGAAGGGGAGGGCGCCCAGGAGCUCGCGGCAUGCUCCAAGUGCGGCGCCUACAUGACGCUGGGCGGCCGCUCAGGGGUUAAACCUCGCCUCAAGGAGCGCUGCCCAGGCGACAAGACCGACGAGGGCGGCAGGGACCAGCGCAGCCUGUGGCAGCGAGGAUUCCAUCCAGGAGCCAGGAGGCAGGAGGGGUCACGAACUGCCAGGCACAGAGCGAAAGGAGAGGGCAUCCCAGCGCUGCGCUCGCAGGGCCCAGUGCCUGAGCAUGCGCAGGAGCGGUGCCUGGAGUGGCUUGGCGUUGCAGCGGAGCCAGCAGCAGACUCCGCGGCCACUGCGAGCAGUGCUGGCAACGCCCCAGCGGCUGCAGCAGAGCCGCAAGUGGCCGCGGGCCCAGGUGGAGCCCCAGAGGAUGCGGCAGCCACUGCGGCCGCUGCCAGCCUGCCCCUGCGGCGCCCAGCCGCAGCGAGAGCAGGGCGACUCGGGGCGUGCGGGGGCAGCGAGGAGGGCCCCGCCGCCGCGGCCGGCCCUGCAGGCGACGCCCAGGUAGGGCGGGGGCCCGCGCCUGGCAUGUGGGGGCGCUGCAGGGCAAAGCCAAAGGCCGACCCCGUGGAGGUGGUCGACGCCGCGGGGCCUCAGGCCACCUCCCGCGGCCGGGCCUCGGUGACCUUCCGAGUGGGCGAGAGCGGGGACGAGUCCCCGCCGGAGCGGCAGCCCAGGUCAAGCGGGGUACAGCUGCGCUCCUCCAGACAUUCGGCGCGGUCCAACGAGUCGGUGUUGUCCACGCUGUCUCCGUUCCAGGGUAUCGUCGCGGCGGACGACGCGGAAGACAGGUCCGACAUGCCCGAUUUCACGGGCACCUGGCAGUGCACCCGGGCGGAGGGCAACAUGCCCGCGUUCCUGCUCAGCAUGGGCCUCGACCCCAUCAUGGUCGAGGCGGCGAGGAGCGCGCACUACGGAGUAGGCCACCAGGUGCAGGUGAUCACGCAGGACGGUGACAACAUCCAUGUCGUCGAUCAGCUGAAGACGACCGUCACGAUGAUGUGCCAAGUUGGUCUUGGACCUCAGAAGUCUUGUGACCUGGAGGGGAGGCCUGUCACAAUCACGCCGACGUGGGAUGGACAGACCCUCUGCGUCGAGACCACGACCCAGGCGGGAGAGCUAUUUGCGACCAGCCGGCGCUUCUUCGAGGGAGACGUGAUGGUGCUAGAGCUCACGUCGCCCAGUGGCGCCAAAAUGCGGCGCAUAUUCAGCAAAAAGGCCAUGUCGAGACCUCUGAUGUCAAUGUGCUCGACCGUUUCGACGAGGCUCACCGCGGGGACCACGUCGUCGUCGUGA